AUGUACACCGGCGGCCUCAUCCACAGCUGGGGUUGGUUCCUCAACCAGUUCUUCUAUCCAGUAAUCAUGUCGCGGAUGUGCCAGAUCUUUCUCCUGGUCCUCAAGUCCGGCCCCGUUCCCAAACAUGUGGGCUUCAUUAUGGAUGGAAACAGAACCUUCGCAAAGAGACACAGGUUGCCUCCAUCUGACGGCCACUCCCUGGGCGCUCAGACAUUGCAACAGGUAUGUGUAAUUUUCAUCGAGCACACUGGACGUCUACUAACAGAACAUAGAUCUUGA